AUGUCGAGAACUCGUUAUGAUUGGUCCAAGCUUUGUCACGAUAUUUUGCGAUUGAUACUCGAAAGCUUGCACUACAAGGAUUAUCAUCGAGCAAGAACCGUUUGCUCUAACUGGUACACAGCUUCCACAACGUGUAAGCGACCUCUGUAUCCAUGGCGAAUCAAAUUCAACAAGAUUUCAACUUCACUCUUCGAUCCAAGAGAAGACAAGAUCCACGAAAUUCAACAUCCCGGAAUCGAAUUCUCCGAUAGGAAUGUUCUUGCUAGCUGCAGCAAUUGGUUCUUGAUGGUUGAUUCUGGUUUAGAAUUCUAUCUCCUGAAUGCUUUCACUCGUGAGAGAAUCAAUCUUCCAUCGAUGGAGUCAUCGAUUCUUGGUAAAGAGAGAUUGGAAAAAGAAGUUGCGUGGAAACAUUUCAUCGAGCGUACAGACAUCAUCUCUACCAAGAAACAGGCUUGUCUUUGGAUAAAUGAGAGAACAGGGGAUUAUGUUGUGGCUUGGAGUAUCAAACAGCACUAUUUGUUCACUUACAAGAAAGGAGAUGAUUCAUGGUUGAAUCUUGAAGGCACUAAGUGUGUGUCUAUGGCUUUGAAUAAGGACUACAAGCUUUAUGUGUAUGCAUUAGAUAACUCCAUCAAGAUUUUUGAUUUAUAUGGUGAGUUUCCUAGUGAGAUUGUCGAGGAGAAUCCGUAUCGCAACCAUCCGUUUAGCUUUCGGUUUGUUUCGAAGCCCGAGGAACACGCUUGGAAGCAGGUUGUAGCGAUUACUAACUCUGGAGAGGUUUUGAUGAUCGUGAGCUUAAAAGGGUUAGAAGAUAAGCGUUUGUUUUAUAUAUAUAAGAUGGAUUUUGGAAGUUGUAACUGGGAGAGAGUAGAUUCUCUUGGAGGUGAGAUGUUGAUAUUUGGUCAUGGGGUUACCAUAAGAGCACCGAUCUUAGAUAUUAAUGGUUUGGGAAUCAAGAGUGAUUCAAUCUGUUUCCGCGGUGAUGAUCUUUGGCCACUUAGUCAGCUUUUUAUUCCCAUCACACAACCUAUGUGCGGUGUAUUUGAUCUUGCGACAAGUACAAUCACAUGGCCUAAAUCAUUAGAUGCUUCAGUCUUGAAGAGUUUCUGGUUUGUUCCAGGACAUGCUUGA